UUCAAAAUUAAAAUGUGAAUUUCGAAUAUUUCGAUUACUCGGUAUUCCAGACCCCAGUGGCCAGUGGCCAGUUCAUAGAAAAAAGAUAAGUUGUAGUCCAGUGCUCCAGUGUGGCAGUGCCCAGUCUCCCGGUCUCCGGUGUUCGAAUAUUCGACUACCUACUUCGACUUAAAUCGACUCACAACCACCAAAUCAAAAUCUGUAUACCCUGAAUUCAUUAGUUAAUAGUGGUGAUUAAACAACUCUAAGUAAUUAAUUUUAAUAAUACACUUGUCGAUGUUUAUUGAUCACGAUUCACCCCGAUCCAUUUUUAAUUGUUUCAAGAGUUCAGUAAUUAUUGGGUGUUGAUUGUCAAUCGAUUUUGCGUUAGUCUGUCCACUUUUCGUGUUAUAAUUAAAUUGUCAUUUACCGACUUCCAGUGAGAAACUUCGAUCUAAAAUGCCACGUACAAAGAGAAGAACUGUCAAACGUUCGCUUGCCGACAUGAACAUGACUGCUGUGAAUGCAACGAUGGCCAAUCAAUCGAAAAACAUGAAAGAAAUUCUGAGUGAAUUUGAUUGUGAAAAACAAAAUAUUGAAGAUUAUUUUUCUGACAUAUUUGAUAACCAAAGAAAUUUGAUCGAAAAUUCAUUUUUAAUGACAAAAAUGAAUUUGGGUGACUUACUGCAUUGUAAUCUUUAUGACACUAUUUUUAAACAAUAUCCAACAAAAUCAAACAGUGGAACUAAACAAACCCUGGAACGACCUUCAAAGCCAGUUACUAAAACUACUGUAAAUAGGACGACCAGACAAAAAAGUAUGUCUAGUUCAACAUCUAAGACUAAUKGUUCUGCUACUGUAACAAAACAACGUAAUACAACACGUCAUGUUAAUGAUAAGCCACUAUUAACAGAAACAAUUGAAUCUAGAUUUAAAACUCCAAUUAAUCGACCUCCUGUACAUUCUUCAGCAACAGUUACACCAAAAGUAAAUAUGCAUGAACCAAUAUCAAUGAUGCGACGUCCUAAUCAAGGAGAAGUUGCGCUUUCUAUGACUGGAAGUCCACUCAUGGUUUCAUCUGUUUCUAGGGAUGAUAUGGCCACAGUCAGUGUACCACUAGCCAAUGGAAAUAUUCUUUCAAUAUUACCUAGAGCUGGUGCUACUAUGGACAUAUCAUUUGAUGAACAGACUAAAAGUGAACUUCUUCUUCUUAAGGGGAACAUUGAAGGGCUGUUGAAAAUGAAUAGAGGUUUAUGA